CAGAAGCUCAUUUUCCACUGGGAGUCAAUGCACAGGGCAAAGACUCCGACUUGUGAAGUGCAGACACAUUGUGAAGGAAAAUGGAAAGGCAAUCGGCAGCCUAGAGGAUGCUUAAACUGCCUCUAAAGUGUGUCAUGAGAAGUUGGGUAUGGGUGAAAGCCAGCACUUGGGAGCUAGAGUCAAGAGGAUCGGGAGUCCAAAGCUAGCCUCUGUUACCUAGGGAGUUCCAGGCCAGUCUGGCUUGCUUGAGAUCCUGUUUUGUUUUGCUUUUUAAUAUAAAGUCAUGGAAAAGUCCAAGAAUGGAGAUCGUUACGCCCUUAACGCUGUUUAGAUGCAAAUUCUUCACGUUGUUUGUAGCCAGGAUUCAAACUCCGUUCUGCGAAGUCUUCAGGUUUCAUCCAAAUUAGAGGGUAUAACUUACCACCUGCUCACUAGACCCCAACAUUCUGUAACACCAGAGCAGAUGCCUGAGUAAGAGGAGAGGGGUUCGUGUCAAAGUCGCACCCCCCCCCCCCCACCUCUGCCGUGUCAAAUCCCCUAGGACCGGAACUCCUCCCCCUGGGAGCUCUUGUUUUGGAAACUGGUGGGGUGGGGCUAGAAAACAUUACAAUGGAGCGGGGCUGGAGGAGGUGUGCUUUUAUUUCAGAUUGUGUCAUUUGAGCGGACUCUCCCGAAACUACAGCUCACAGAACGGAGGCUGUGGUAGCUCCCCUGGGUUGUUAAGCUGGCACACCCCGGAGAACAGGCAACAGAGCAGGCGAGGGAGGCAGCAGAGGAGGGCAGCAAGCCGCACGCCUAGCCCGGCUCAUCCCUUCAACUUUGGCUUUUGCUGUGAUGAUUGUAACAGGAGGAGGAAGGGCUAGGAGAAACCCCUGAGGACAUAGAAUUGAAAAAGAGGUAGCAGUGCCCGUAAAGCAGCCCGCAGAUGCAAACGGGGAGGCCCAAGGAAGAGGAGGAAAAGGCUGGGCUCCGGCAACCUGCUGCUUGAUUUUACACAAAGGAGGUUUGAGAGAGGCGGGAUCAGAUUCUAAUAUCAGCUUGAGGCGAGAGCCAGCCGCUGAGCUCGGGAAGAUGAACCGGCAGGAAUUCACAGUGACUGGAGCAUGUACCACAGCGAGAGCUCCCAGGAAAAAGUAAGUCUGGGAAGGGAUUUGCGGAGCUUGACGGGAGCUCUGACAUCUCGCCCCUCUUGAAGGCAUGCCUCCGUCCCUGCGUUACCUCUUCGUAGUCUCUGUGACUACUGUCAUCGUUUUUAUUGUGCUGUACGUGUUAAGUUUUGGGGGACAUCAAAGCUACCAGAAGCUGAACGUCUCGGACUCCGUGAUGCUGUCUCAGGUGUGCACAUCCUUUGUCAACGGGAAAACCCCUUUCCCGUGGAGAAACAAACUAAUGAUCCACGAGACGCCUUCUUGCACGGAAUAUGUGACCCAAAGCCACUAUAUCACAGCCCCUUUAUCUCAGGAAGAGGUUGAGUUUCCUCUGGCCUAUGUCAUGGUCAUUCAUCACAAUUUUGACACCUUUGCAAGGCUCUUCAGGGCUAUCUUCAUGCCUCAAAAUAUCUACUGCAUUCAUGUAGACGAAAAGGCAACCCCUGAAUUCAAAGGUGCAGUGGAGCAGUUGGUGAGUUGUUUCCCCAACGCCUUUAUGGCUUCUAAGAUGGAGCCCGUGGUCUAUGGUGGAAUAUCCCGGCUCCAGGCCGACCUGAACUGCAUCAAAGAUCUGUCCGCCUCCGAGGUCCCGUGGAAAUAUGCCAUCAACACCUGCGGGCAGGACUUCCCCCUGAAAACCAACAAGGAAAUAGUUCAGUACCUGAAAGGGCUUAAGGGGCAGAAUCUCACCCCGGGGGUGCUGCCCCCAGCACAUGCCAUAGGAAGGACCAAGUAUGUCCACCGGGAGCACCUGAGCAAAGAGCUUUCCUAUGUGAUCAGAACCACGGCACUGAAGCCGCCACCUCCCCACAACCUCACCAUUUACUUUGGCUCUGCCUACGUCGCUCUAUCAAGAGAGUUUGCCAACUUUGUUCUUCGUGACCCCCGGGCAGUUGAUUUGCUCCAUUGGUCCAAAGACACUUUCAGUCCCGAUGAGCAUUUCUGGGUGACGCUCAAUAGGAUUCCAGGUAUGUGA